AUGGGAAAAUUGACGACACCUGAAGAGCGCGCCGCGAAAUUGCACGCUCGACUCUGUGGUCAAAUUCCAAACCGAACUUCCAGAAGAAGCAAUCGAGUAGCUUCCACCCUCCCAAACCCAAUGUUUGCUGCAGUUCUUUAUACUGCCUCUCGUGAUACAAAUGGAGCGGAACUCUUUCCCUUGGAAGCUUGCUUAAUUGGGAUGCUAAAGAUAUUUGCAACUAACCAGGAAGUUACUGAAUACGGAAAAAUGUAUACCGAGACUAAAGACCAAACUGGCAAAGGUACUUUGAGUAACACUAUUUUCUCUAGCGCAGCUCUCAGUAUAAGUGCGGAUACAGUAUAUACUAAUACUAAUAUGGUUGCUGACGCAAAAGCAAUGGCGAGCGACUUUCUCACCAUACCCAAGAACAAAAUUAUAGAUAUUACAAUAAUUGAUAAGGAGUACAUUGACAGCACUGAGUAUAUAGAAGCAUUUACUGAAGCAGGAAAUGGAUUUAUUGUGUUAAUUGCCCCAGAGAUUGAGGAGGAGGAUAGCAAGCCAAUUCAAGAUAGUGAGGAGGAGCAAAGCAGCACAACUUCGAUCAGUCCCAACUCGAGUGCUACCUUGAAUACUGUGAGCGAAUACAAAAUGACUUUGCAGCGGUUCAAAUGUCACCAUCAACAAAAGGAUAUCGCGUUUGGCCCCAGAAACGAGAUCUAUUGGGCCGUUGCAUCUGGAUCGGAUGUUCCCGAUGAGCGAAAUUUCAAAACCGGUGAACACGGCUCCGUUGAGAGUGGAGAUGUACAACAAGUGGGCUAG